AUGGAAAGCUACCCUCCUGCAUGACUCUCAGGCCCAGUCAGCGACAAAGAGCUUCGGCCUCCUCACGAUCGCUCUGUAAAUAUUAUUUCAGAUUUUUGCCAUAGCAACUCAAAACGAGCUAGCUGUGACAGCAUCUGCUGAUCAUGGACUUAGAGUAUGAGAUACAAACCGCGGAUCACAUCUGAGGCAGCUUUACAAUAAAAACUUUGGUCAUCAGGAAUGAGUAUCUUGCUGUGCUUUUUUAAAAGAUAUUCUCAUUAUAUAUUAAAUAAUUGCAAAGCCAAUACUUUUCCCAAAUUGAUUCUAAAAAUGGCAUAAUAGAAUUCUUUCUGGAUCUAUGGAUGGGUCAUUAUGCUUAUGAGAUCGAAGAGUAGUAAGAUGCGAAAACCUUAACCAGCAUCAGGCAUCGAUAUCUAAAGUUGCAACAGAUGAAAAUGACAUCGGAAUAUCUGCAAGCUAUGAUAAAACACUAAUAGUGUGGGAUUUGCAUAGAAUUAACGUGUUACAAAGAAUGCAGUGCUCCGGCCCUGUCAUGGAUUUUGCAUGGCACAAUUCUCUUGUUGCUGCAGGAGAUAGGCAAGGACAGCUAACUCUUUGGGACAUAAAUACAGGCAAUAAUGUACUAUCAACAGUCCCUCAUAAUGGCGCAAUACAUAAAGUAUGCCUUUCUUCAGAUGGAGGGGAAAUGAAUUUUAUUGCUUCAGCUGGAGGGAAAGACGGAAAAGUCGCUAUUACAGACAUGAGGACCUCUUCACCUGUUUUCAAUUCCCAAGUCCAUGGUGGAGCAAUCAACUUCAUAAUGCCUAGCUUAAGUAAUACCCUUGUAACAGGGAGCUCUGAUAAAGCAGUAAACGUCCUAGACGCUUUUAUGAACUUUAGGGUUAGAAGUAAAAUGAAUGCACCAGGCCAAAUCCUCUGUGGCGAAUUAUUUGAAAAUUUAGUAGCUGUUGGCUGUUCAGAUGGCAAUGUAAUUGUUUUUAAUACAGACACUGAAGAAGUCACAUUUGGCUUUGGGGCUGAUAAUCAAGGUGGUAUUAAUUGUAUUGCCACAACUCCUGGAAGAAGAAAAUUAAUAACUGGAGGUGAUAGUGGGGUGCCUUUGCUAAUUAGCUUUGUAUAA